AUGCAGGCGGUGGGCUUGCAACCCGCGCUGCUGCGGGUCGAUAGCGCGCUGCCAGAACAGCCAGGCAGCGCGAAAAUGGUCAGCCUCGACCUGCUGCUGGGCUCCAGCACGCCAGCCACGCCGAGGGACCCUGACUUGCAGCUGCCGGCGGUGGACCCCUCGGACCCGCUAGUGCAGCAGCUGGUGCAGGACAAGUCUUUCCUCACCGCUGUGCAGACCAGCCAGUUGCAUGCGGCGGCCGGCGCGGCAGUGAGGCUGCUGCGGUCCCAUUUUGUGGCGGCAAGCGAGUUCAAGCGGCCGCCCGACCGGCGCAUCCCGCGGGAGGCGCUUGGAGACGGCCAGGAUGCGACGCCACGGGCGGCGGGGCUCAACGGCCGCUCCGUGCCUGGCAGCCUGGUGGUGCAGCGGCAGGUGGUGGAGCCGCGGCACCGCGAGGCGCUGCGCAGCAUGCGGCUGGAGGUGCUGGGCCUGGAGGAUGUCAUCCCCUGGAACUCGGUGCGGCGCACGUGGAAGACAAAGCGCACCACGUGGCGGCGGCAGAUCAAGCAGACCGAGGUCAUCUCCGACUUUGCCGCGCGCCUCAAGGAGCUGCGAGCGGCGCUGCUGACCGAGGAGCAGCCGCUGCCGGGUUGCGGCGGCACGUGGCGUGCGCAGCUGGAGGUGUGCAUCCAGGGCAAGGGCUCGUACGGCCUGCUGGCGGCCGCCUGGGACGAAAUGCGGUCCACGAUCCGCAGCUGGCUGGAGGGGCGCAGCAAGCCGGCGGCGCAGAGCGCGGCGCAGCUGCAGGCGGGCGCGAUGCGCGCGGUGCGCGCCAUGCAGACGGCCUGGCAAGCCUCGCCCGGCGGCGACGCGGCCGACGGCGACGCGGCGGCGGCGCCGCUGGUGCAGGUGCCGCUGGAGAGCAUAGUGGGCAACGACAGCGGCGCGGGGCUGCAGGCGGUGCGCCAGGCCAUUGAGCUGGAGCAGCGCAUCCUGGGGGCUCGCCUGGCGGGCCGCUCCUCCUCGCAGCAGCUGUCGGACGGCAGCGGCGAGGCGCCCGCGGGGCAGCCGCCGCUGGUCAGCUACUUCAGCAGCAUCAGCGCGGCCUGGGGCGACAGCGACUUUGACAGCGGCGCAGAGAGCGGGGGGGAGGCCAUGGACGCCUCCUCAGCCACGGACAUCGACUCAGAGUACGAGCCAAGCGCCCACGCCCACUGGGCCCAUCAGCUCAGCAGCGCUCCUGCCCUGUAUGACUGGAUUCUGUCUGCCUAUGACAAUUGCGCGCACGGCGAAGACAGCAGCCACUAUGGAACAUCGGAUGAGGAGGAGGACCUGCGGCAGUGCACGCUGGCAGAACUGGUGGAACUGCUGCAGGAGCAUGCGAUGAAACCAGUUGGCAGUGGAGACGGCAUUGUCGCCGCGCUGCCACCAGUUGCAGUGCCCGCAGAGCAGGGUGCUCCUGCGGCCCAUCAGAUCAGCCAGCUUGGGCAGCAGGAGCAGCACUCAGAAGCCACCAGGCCUGGUCACGGCCGCACAGCCGGCGUGAUGGAGGACACCGGCACCAGCGUGCAGGAGCAUGCGGAUGCCGCUCCUCCGCACCUGUUGGGCCUCCCUGCCACAGCGAGCGGCCGUCGGGAGCUGCCUCUCAACGUUUACCAGCAGAAGACCGGCCGCUUCAUAGCCAAGAUUGCGCUGAUGCCUGAGAAGGGUGCGGGUUCCAACCGCGCACGCAUCCAGAUGGGCAGCUUUGCCACGGUGGGCGAAGCUGCUGUGGCGCGUGACUUGGCCGUGCUGUGGCGGCGCGGCAAGGGGCGGGAGCCGACCCGGGGCAAAGAGGUUUUCUUCUUCUGCCGACAGGACGGCUUUGAGGCGGAUGGGGAGCUGAUGAAGCAGCUGCAGCAGGCAGCCGAUGCAAUGCAGCUGCAGGAGCUUGUUGUGCAGCUGAGGGAUGACGGCAAGCUGCGGCAGCUGGCGGCGGCGCUGCGAGACAUCGGCCUGCUGUGGCGGGGCAUGCAGGGGCGAGAGAAGCGCGCAACCCUGCUGCGACUUCACUUCUCUGAGGCCAGGUACAAGGCCGAGGUCGGCCUCAUGGAGUUGCUGCGGCUGGCCAAGACGGAGGAGCAAUUGCAGGCAGUGGCCAAGCAGCUGAGGGACAGCGGGCAGCUGGCAGCGCUGGUGGGCCGCCUGGAGGGCCAGCAAGGCAGCGCAAGUGGACAGCACCACCAAGGGCCAGCUGGUGAGGCGCCCGACAUCGAUGGCACUGGCACUGCCACUGGUGGCAACAAGCGCAGGGCACCGGGCAACGCGUGCCUCACCGCAGCACCUGGCGGUGGCGGCAAGAAGCAGAAGACUGGCGGUCAUGGCAGCAGAGGCGCUGGCCAUGGCACCCAGAGCCAGGGGCAGCCUGCGCCAGCCGCGCCUGCCAUACAGCAGCGGCCAGCUCAGCCCAGGGCCUCUGACGCCGCCAUCGAUGCGGCAGCUGCCACGCCAGCUGGCCUGAUGAUGAUCCCAGCACCAGCCACCUCAGGCGACGCAGCCCUGGCUGCUACUGCCGCCCAGGAAGGCAGGCACCUGGGGCAGCUGGCGGCUGCCGCCAACCAGCCAGCGGCAGUAGCGUCUGGGGUCACAGAGCAGCUGAUAGGAAGUUUCUUCCUCAGCCGUCAGCGGGCGCAGCAUGAGCGUGAGAGUGCGCAGCAGGAGCGCGAGCGUGCCCAGGAGCGUGAGCGUGCCCAGGAGAAGCGCGAGCGGGAGGAGGAGGCCAUGCUUUCCUUGAUGGCGCAGAGGGGCAUGCAGGCGUGCGUCAUGGGCAGCGAGGACUGGCUCGCAAGGCCCAGAGGAGGCGCGCAGGUCGACGUCGUGCAGGGCACAGACGCGGGGCAAAGACGCAGGGGAAGGAGGCAGAGUCUGGCUCAGAGUUUGAGCCUGGGCCAACAGAGCGUGAGCCUGCGAGCCAUGGCGGCCUGGGGCGGGCAGCAGGGUUUCGACCUGCAAGCCUUUUUGCGCGCUGCUGCCAUUCCGCCGGAUCAGGAAGACGUGCUGAAUAGCUCGCAAGCCUGGCGACCGGCAGACCCGGGCGAUGAGCUUCAGUCAGCGGCGCGGGCCCCGGAUCCACCGCCGCCCGCCUCUGCCCAGCACCAUCAGCAGGUUGCCGCGGCGCCGCCCUCGAUGCAGCACCCUCUCCAGCUGUUUGAUGGGUUGGGCGCUAUUGGACCUGUGGUUGAGCAGCGGCAGCAGCAGGCGCCGCCACCACAGCAGCGGCUGCAGCAGCAGCAAACUGUGUCAGAGGCGCAGCGCCAAGUGGCAGCGCUGGUGGGCUCCCUGGCCGACUCCCCAACCACAGGCGGUCUGCUGCCGCUGCCAAUACCGGGCCCUCCUGCCCUGCGGGGUGAUGCUGAGCAGCAGCGCCUGCAGCAGCAGCACGAAGAUGAUCCGCAGGCGCAGGAGCAAGAUUCUAAGGAGGAGCAGCAGCAGCCGGCACCAGUCCAGGUGGCAGCAGCGCCCGCAGCAGCGGGCGGGCCAUGUGCAACGGAAGGAGAGGUUGCGCUGGCAGCCAUGAACGAGGGGCAGCCAGAUGGAGGUGCGGUGCAGAAGGAUGCAGGAACAGCGGCUGAGGCGCAAGAGCCUGCAGCGGGAGAGCAGACGCUAGCGGUGGAGGCGAUGGCUGUCGAUGCGCCUAUGACUGACCAGCAGGAGGCGGGGGCGCCUGCAGCAGCGGCGCCUGCAGCAGCUACAGCGGCACCAGCGGAGGAAGGACAGCAGUCACGGGCGGCAGAGGACGAGUGGGCGGAUGCUGUCCCAGCUCUGCCCCUGCUGGGCUCCCAGGGAGACGAAGACUUCCAGGAUGCGGAGGAGGAGCUGCCGGCCGUGGCGCUGGCGGCGCCGGAGGCUGUGGGCGCAGAGGCGGCAGGCGCAACCGCUGCUGGCGCUUGCGGCGGCCUGCCCGCUGUGGUGGCCGGGGGCCAGGCCUGGGCCGACGCGCUGCUAACCCAGGCGCCACUGUCGCCCAGCGGCUUUGCCUUUGCCACACAGCUGCCCAGCCAGCCGGCGGAGGAGCCUGAGAUGGCGGCCGCCGCGCCAGCGCCAACCAGCAGCAGCCCGUCUCUCCCCGGCCAGGAUCAGCAGCUGGCGCAGCAGCUUUCAGAGCAUGAUGGUGUGCAGUUGCUGCCCCAGGCUCAGCCGGCACAGCCACCAGCACCAUCCCAGGUACGCUUGCAGGGCGGUGGUCAGGACUCGCACAGCCUGCAGGGUAGCGUGGGGCAGCAGGUGUCGGCAGGCGGCGACAGCGCGGACAGCCGGGGGGCCGGCGCACGUCGCAUCAGCGGUUCCUGGCUGCUUGGGUCGCUGGGCGUGCUCACGCAGGCCUUCAAGCGCAAUGCCACGCAGGCGAAGCAGGCAUCAGCGCCCGGCGCCUUCCUGACGCAGCAGGGCUUGGUUGAGGCCGACCUGCUGUCCCUGCAGCAGCAGCAGGCAGCAGACCUGAGGCGCAUUGCUGCCGCCACUGCAGCCCGGCAGGCAGGCGCACCAGAGCCUCCCAGCCAGCUGCUGGCGCCAGCGGCGCACUCCAGCGGUGCGGCUGGCCACAGCAGCGGCGGCUUGAAGCUGGGGCAGGGAGCCGCGAGGCAGGAGCGGCCAUCAGCAUCUGCUUGGAACGCCAAGCCAUCCGCGGCUGCACCAGCACAGCCGGCAGCGGCAGGAGCAGCCCCGUCUGCUGCAUCGGCAGGGCAGGAGCCUGCUUCAACUGACGCCGUGGUGCCUUCCCAGGCAUUGGAGCCUCCUGAUGCCACCACGGCAGGACCACAAUCACCGCCGCGCCCCACAGCAGGGCUGGGGCUUUGGUCUGGAGAGUCGCCAGGCGUUCCGGCGGACGCAUCUCCCAGCAACAGCGGCGGCAGCGAGCCUGCCGGCCUGCCUAGCAUGAAGCGCCAGCAGCAGGGACAGUACCCGACAGCGAGUGUGGGCAGCCAGCCGGCCCGCACACCGAAGGCUGACCACCACCACCAGCAGCAGCAGCAGGGGCAGCAGGAGCGGCGCCUGUCUGGCGGCUUCCUGGACAUACUCGCCCGCAUCUCCUCGCCCCAGCUGCCCUCCAAGCCUGCCUCGCCGGCCGCGCCUGCAACCGCGCUUCCAUCACCAUCAUCAGCAGCAGUGGCCGCGCCACCAGUGGCUGCAGCACCUGCGCCAGAAGCAGCAGCAGAGGAGCCGGAAGGCCACGCUGCCACGGCUGCGGGGGAGGUGGUGGCCGCUGCACAGCCUGACAAUGCUGCGCACGGGCCAACAAGCGCACCAGAGCAGGCAGAAGAUGUGGACAUGGCAGAUGCAGCUGAGGAGGAGGAGGAGGAGGAGGAGCUUGGCCUGCCAGCUGCCGCCAUGGAGGACCAGCCAGUGGCAGCGGUGGCGGCUUCAGCAGAGCCACCCAGCGGCGCCUACGCCUGGAGCAGCAGCAUCCCGCCCACACAGGUCGUCCACCUGUCGCCGAGCCCAGCGGAAGGCGAAGCAGAGGAGGUUGGUGCAGAGGAGGCAGCAGCUGCUCUUGAAGCAGGCGCGCUGGCAGCACCCCAGCAGGUGGCGCAGCAGCUUGGUGCGGAGGCAGGCGCCAGCCCAGCGGCUGCAGCCAAAGCGGAGGAGCAGGAGCCGGAGUCCGAGGAGCAGCCGCAUGAGCCGGGUGUGGAUCAGGGGCUCCCCACGGCAGCGGGUGAGCUGGCGGCUGCUACAAAAUGCGCAUCCACCGUGCCGGGUGCGACGGAUAGCCCGGGUGUGCCAGCAGCAGACCAGGGUGCUGCGCCUGGGGCAGCUACCAUAGACGCGGGUGAAGCACCCGCAUCCGCCUUGGCUGGUGCAGGAGCGGCGGCGGCGGCGGCGGCGGAUGGCAGCCCGUUCUAUGAGACGAUGCUGCCGCCCGCCAGCCAGUGGCCCGAGUCACAGCUGCGCGAGCGGGUGCCGCCCACGCCGACAGGGGACAGCCAGCUGUCCUUGGCCUCAGAAGACGCAGCGUCGGGGUCACCUGCUGGAGGCAUGGAGGCAGACGAUGUGCAGCAUCCUGUGCAGCAGGGCGCGGAGGCAGGGCCAGCAGCAGCGGCCAUGCAGGAAGCCGCCGCAGCGGAGGCCGUCGAGCAAGCCGCACCAGGGGAGGCGGCAGCAGAGCCGGGCGCGGCAGCGCAUCCCGCGGCGAGUGCGGCUGUGCUGGAGCAGGAGAGUGUGGCGCAGGCAGCUCUGGCCCUGGAGCAGCGCAGGCACGCACAGGCUCUGGUGGCUGCUGAUCCCGAGGACAUGGCGGCAGUGCAGGAGGCAGAGGCACAAGAAGAGGCAGAGGCACAAGAAGAGGCAGAGGCACAAGACGAGGCAGAGGCGGGGCAUGCAAUGGCGGCAGGCAGCCUCGGCGCCGCUGACGGGCUGGCGGCGGCAGUGGCGGCAGCCGCAGCCGAGGCGGCCGAAGCAGCCGAGGCAGCAGCAGCUGCCGCCCUGAAGUCCCCAACGCAGGGUGGCGAGGGUCGGGCGGGGGACGCCAGCCGCCGUGGCAGCGGCGGCGGCUUCUCCUUCCCCUCGCUGGCGGCGCCAGCAGGCGGCGGUGGCACCGACAACCGGCUGGCUGGAGCCAAGCGCUCUGCAGCUGCUGCUGCUUCUGGUGCGGUGGUUGGCGGCUUGCAUGGUGUGGCGGAGGCAAACGUCGCGCCAGACGUGUCGGAACUGCUGCAGAGCAUCAAGCGGCAGCGCGGCGAGCAGCCGGCUGUUGCGCAGCAGCAGCGCCCGCCACUGGGCCUGCACCGCCUGUCGAACAACAAGGAGCAGGAGGAGGCUGAGGAGGCUUUGGUAGGCGAGGAGCUAGGGUGGGCUGAGUGGCUGGCAGAACCCGCGGAAGCUCCUCCGCCGCCAGUCGGUGGCUCCGAUGUGCCGGCACAGGCCGGGCGGCCUCAGCUCCAGCUGGUGGCAUCCAGCGCCGCACACGCCGCCCAGGCGCCUGCCCUGGCCGAGGCCGGCAUGCAGCACAGCCCUGAGGAGCGGGGCCGCGUGUCGGCGGGGACAGACACCAGCGGCCUGCCGCCGCUGCCCGCGGCGGGCGUGCAGACCAGCCCCAGCCUGCAGGGGCGGCAAUCUGUGGAGGUGCAGGUUGUCCCCGCCUCUCCCGAGAUGCGCCACGUCAGCGUGCAGGUGCUCAUGGAGCCCAAGCGGCGGCCAGGUGCCGCCGCGCAGGCUGGCUCGCCACAGCUGGCGGAGCAGGGUACCCCGCCGCGUGCUGCGGCCGCGGCAGCGGCGCCACUGCCGGCAGCAGAGGCUGCUGCCGCUGCCGGCAACUUUGCUGCUGCCGGUGGUGGCGGCAGCGGCGCGCGCCCUCCUGCCGCUGACGCCACGUUUGUCGGCAGCAAGUUUGGGCCCCGUGCGGAGCCGCCUGCAGCACGGCCGGUGCGCCGGGUGCAGGAGCGGACGGAGGAUGGCAUGGCGCUGGUGCACCUGCCGCCUGGGGUCAGGCCCACAGCAGUGGCGGCAGACCGGCAGGGAUCUGCCGCGGCGCAGCAGCGCUAUGCGGAGGCCGUGAGCCGGGAGGCGGAGCAGCGCCGGCAGCGGGAGGCAGCCGCAGAGGUGCAGCGCCGGCAGGCAGAGGCGGACGCCCAGCGCCAGGAAUCGGCUGCGCAGCUGCAGCAGCAGGAGAAGAAGGAGGGGGCUGCGGGGCAGAAGCGGCAGAAGACGGAGGAGCAGCUGGACAAGCAGAACGGGAAGCAGGCCAAGGUUUCUGGAAAGGUCGCCGGACGCAAGCUGCCGGCGCAGCCGCUGCCCGCAGCGCCGCGUGCCACUGGUGCCCCGCCCGCUGCCAAGCCAGCUCCAGCCGCGGCGCAGGCUGCUGUGGCGGGCCACAAGCGCGCUCGCUCCCUGAGCUCUGAGCCUGCCGCACAGCCCGCCAAUCAGUGCAGCCCGGUCAUGCUGGCGGCACAGCAGAAGAUCCGGGCCGUUCAGGUGGCCCGCCAGCAGCAGCGGCAGCGGCAGCAACAGGUUCCUGCCCCUGGCCACCCAGCUGCUGUGACGCCUGUUGCUGGUGCUGGGCAGCAGCCGCAGCAGCAGGCCAAGCGGCAGAGGGUGGUGCCAGCCGCCGCCCCGCCGCAACAGCAUGCCGGGCCGCAGCAGCAGGCGCCGAUAACCAGCGCACAGCGGCGCGCCCCGCUGAUGCGCCUCAGCCCACCCUACGGACUGCCACUGCCUGUGCCAGCUGCGCCAGACAGCAGCCUGGCAGCGUGGCAGCAGCAGCAGCAUUCCCCUGGCGGCUGGCGCCCCACGGCUGGCCCGCUAGUGGCCCACGGCUGGCGUGCAACCCCUGCGCCUGCUGCACACGCCGCCGGCCCUGCCUACCAGCCUGCUCCCCAGACCGCCCCUCGCCAUGUUGCUGGCUACCAACAGCAGGCGCUGCAGGCCACGCCUGCGGCGGCGGAGCUGACGCCGCAGCAGAUAGCCCUACUGCCGACGCGCCCCAACCUGCGCCCCUCAGCCAUCCCCAACCCCUUCCUGCGCCGCUGA